GGGAAAGAUGAGUUGAAGUGGACCCCACUGUCUAUACUCUAAUGGAAGCAAGCAGCAGAGUGAUGGUGCAGGUGUUGCUGUUGGCGUUGGUGGUUCAGGUCACCCUGACCCAGCACUGGUCCUAUGGAUGGCUACCAGGUGGAAAGAGAAGUGUGGGAGAGCUCGAGGCAACCAUCAGGAUGAUGGGCACAGGAGGAGUGGUGUCUCUUCCUGAAGAGGCGAGUGCCCAAACCCAAGAGAGGCUUAGACCAUACAAUGUAAUUAAUGAUGAUUCCAGUCAUUUCGACCGGAAGAAAAGGUUCCCCAAAAAUUGAAGAGCUGCAAAAAUAAAAUAAAAAAAUAGAAAAAAAGGAAAAAGAAAAGGAAAUAAACACAGACUGUAUUUACAUCAUCAUCAUCAA